CACCCCGCGCCCCGAGGAAGAGGCGGCCGUGCCGAAGUCGAGCUGCGCUCCGCACUGCUCCAGCGCCGCCGGGCAACCCCGGGGCUCCGAGCGUCGCCUCAGCAUCUGCAAGUGGCUGUUCUGGUUGGGGGAGGCCUGAAGGGGCCUCCUUUCCGGGGGCGCCGCGUGCCGCUCUGCGUUGGCCCCGCGGGGCCUCUGUGGCACUCAGGGCCUCUGUUGGACGGCGCGAAGUUCCCUGUGAGACCUCCCCUCCCCAGGGUACCUCAGUGCCCCACCCCCAGGCCCCCUUUCUGACCCUCGUGGUUUUCUGUCCCCGCCCCGUCCCCAGUCCCCCAGUCUGAGCCCUAGGGUCCCCUGUCUGUGCGCCCGCCCCCUCAUCCCGUCUCCCUUUCUGCCCCCUGCAAUACACUGCCCCCCCCCCCCACGAGUCUUCCUGUUCUGACUUGGAGAGUCUCCCUUCCCCCCAUUCCCCAUUCUGACCACUGAAAUGCCCUGUCGCCCCCGGUCCCCGUAGUCUGACCCUUAGAGGCCCCCCAUCCUGAUCGCUAGUGUCCUCUGUCCCUCCGUGUGUCCCCCCAGUGCCUCCGCACUGACUCCUUUCUCCCUCCCACCACUCUCUCGAUCUGACCCCUAGGGUGCCCCUCCUCCCCUCCACGGUCCCCUGUCCCCUUCCCCCCCCUCCGAUGCCUGAGAUAAUGAAGUGGACUACUAUGGAAAAAGGCAUCGUUACUUGCGAGAACGUGCCGCGGUGGAAAUGUUACAUGACCCCACGUUUAUUCCUCUAAAUUCUGAUCCCCAUUCAAAUUCCAAUCCAAACCGAGACCGUCAUCCCGAGAGAGUCAGGUGUACACCGGAUAUGUGGUGUAUAUUCACAAGAUCUGCCCCCGCCAUUUUGAAAGUAACUGAAAGUGACUGGAUGGAAUAGAGAGUAAUCAAGAAGAUGUGAUGGAGGAACUGUCUACUGUGCUUCAUCGUGACGAACCCCAUGAACCCGUGGUGAUAUGAGACACAGCUGAUGAGGAUCAGGAUUAUCAAAACAGCCUACUGGAGGGGCUGAUCAAAUUGGUUUCCUCCCAGCCUGCAUCAUCCGGUAUCUCAGCUAUGAAGAGAAGACGUGCUCCAGCUCGAGCAAGUGACAACAGUAAGACUAUGUUGCGUAUUGCCUUGUGGAAUUACCUGCGUCAGCAUGGAGAAAAUGUGAAGAAGUGGCAUAAAAAACCCACUCCUGCACUGUGAGCACAGGUAAAAGAACUACAAGACAGAUCAACCACCACGGCGAUCUCUUCCAAAAAGGUGACCGCUCCAGUUGCUGUGGGACAGGAUUAUUGCCUUAUAUUGUGUUAUCUUGCAUUCCGAAAUUAUAUUUGGUAAAUUAGCUUUCCUCCUCAGAUGGUAGCCGCUGUUUUGUUGUCAGGCCCACCUCCCUACCCUUUCCUCUUUUUCCUGACCCCGUUUCUACCCCAUAGAAGUCCCUCACAACCCCCCAGCUUUCCCCUUCCACCCCUCACCUCCCCUUCAGCCCCCCUUUACGCCCCUUGGAAGCCCCACUCACCCCAUUCCGCCCCAGGCCCCCCCCUCCACCCCAAGUUUCCCCUCCCCUUCCCCCCCCCUCCCUGCUGCAGCGUCUGAUGCGUGGACUCAGAUGUGAACGAUCCAAAUUGUUUAUGACAAGCUCUCACAUCACUUACAUACCUUCUCAAGUUUUGUUUGUUUGUUUGUUUGUUUGUUUUUAGCAUUCCCAUUGAGGCUGAUUCUCACUAGCUCAGAUGGGAAAAGGGAGGGGGGUAAAUCGUUGAGUAGGUGUGUCUUCCAUUCAGCAGGAGCUGCACAUGAUGGGAUUCUUAGUUCUUGUAGACUAAAGCCCUGACAGAUCCUUGGAUACUUAAAGCUGUUGUGAUGCUUUACCACAUGGUUCAGAAACUCAGACUGGAAUAUCUCAUUGGCCAGUGCUGAACAAUGACAUUUCAAACCCACACGUUCAUUGGGAUUGAAUUAAAUUGGGAUUGGAUUAAAGCUUUUUGGAAUAUGGGCUGUCUCUUUCCAUAUAGGUGCUCGGCACCUUAUGUAGUUGAGCUUUGCGACAUCUUAAUAAUCCACUGUUGACUGUGUUACUUCUGAAAGAUCGGUUUGAGCAGUCACACAGUAUUAACUGCGUACGUGGACCAGCAAAGCAGAGAUGGGAUCGGUAAACCUGAUGCAGCGUGCCCAUAGGAGCCGGCGAUUCUGCCUCUCCGUGUCCCCCCCCUUUGCCAACUCUGAUUCUCGGUCCAAUGAGACGGAGGUGAGACCCCCCAGGAGGCCGAGGGUGGCUUGGCAGGCGUGGAAUCCAGAAGAGGAAGAGGAGAACCAGGUGGAGAUCAUACGUCCACGUACUACCAUAUGGGAGCUGUGGAGAAAAGCGGCCAUUCUAUGCAUCGGUGAGUUUCUGAAGAGACAGGACAAGGAUGAGCGACAGAAAAUCAAAUUCCUGAGCAGCAUCUGCGUACUGUGCAAAUGCAAGGACACGUCGCUCGACUUGAAUACUUUCUGCCGAGAAAACCAGCUGGCAGAGAAUGUCCAGGCGCUGAUCGAUGAGGAGGCCAUGCACGCUUUGUGCUCAGUGAUAAAGCAGAAAGUCAUGCUGACCUUUGCUGACAUGAGCACUGUGGAGACAGCACUGGAAGGCAAAACAGAGAGCAUCCUGAAUUCCUGCUUCAACAGUGUCUUCUUUUUGCCUCCGGAACUGGACGUACCAGAAGAGGAGCAAACUCUCUACACUAAGACCAUGAUUGCCAUGAACGUCAUGCUGCGAGCCUUGGUGCACAACUGCCCCAGCUCCAGAAUGAGGGAGGAGAUGUGCAGCAUCUUUCAGGCUCUGCUCCACUUCUUCCACUCCCAGCACAUGCACGUUCGUACGAGAGCCCUGUACGGGGUUUUACGGAUGAUCACGGACUUUAUAGAAAAAGACUGGUACUGCGCUGCAAAUUGCGGGUUUAUAUAUGAGUCACUCAUCGAGGUCUACUUCCCAAUCCUGGGACAGCUGCUGGGUCACCUCUGCCUUUUCAGUUGUGGCCAACAUGCCACCAGAGUUCCAGCUACAGAUGCUCUUUAUCGCCUCUAUGCAUUUGUCAAACGCGAUAGAAGAACAGCCCUGACAGAGGAGAUGGAAAAGUACGUGCAUCUCCGGGAGAAGCUGCAGGAUACUAAUUUUGCAUGCGAUAACUUGUGCAGUCCCAGUGAUUGUGCCAAGGCGUUUGGAGGAUACCUCAGGCCUGCUGAGAGGAUGGACGUCGUCCUCACAGCCCUUGAAGCGAUGGUUGACUCCAGCAUCUAUGACAAGGAGGUGGCCUGCAGUGUGAUGGCCGUGGCCAUGGAAGACCACGCCUUCUGGCUAUCAGAUAAAACGCAGAUCGUGACCUCCAUCCGCAAGAACUUGAGGAGCAUCACCGCAAAGGCAGCGCGGCACUGCCUGGACUCCCUGCUCCUCCUUCUGACCAGCCAGAUGCCCGCGGAGGAAGUCAGGGACCUGCUGAAGUCCUCUCCACCAAGCGACAGCAGUGCCCUGGAUAUGUGGGAGGUGAUGCUCUGCAUGCCGCGGACCUUGGAGAAGGUUUUGAAGGAGCUGACCAAGGGCUCACAGCUGAGCAGGCUGCUAGAAGGAGUCACAGAAGACACGUGCAUCCUCUUCUUGGCUCUAAUGGCAAAGAGUGAAGAUAAUGAAGACUUUUUGGGUGACCUACGCCACCUCAAGACUUAUCUGAAGCAUCCAAGUGUGGAGAUGCGCACAGUGGUGCUCAGAGGGCUUGUCAUACUCUCCGAGACACGGGAGAAGGCAAGAAAAAUGGAGGUCGUGCUGCCAGAGAUCAUGGCCACCCUGCAGGCUGCCAGCGCAGACGUCAAGAUGAAGGCCCUGUUUGUCAUCCAAAACAUCAUGGGCCACGUGAAGAGGAAGGAGGCCAGCUCCAUCGCUGUGCAGCACGCUGAGGAGCUCCUGCCUCUCUUUGUCGAUGAGUCGAGCGCCGUGCGGGUGUCCUCCAUCCGUCUCUACAGAGACAUGGUGCAGGCCGUGGUCUGGUGCCACCGGAGGAGAAUGAAGGGGACGGUGCGCAGGGGCCUGGUCCCACUGCUCUUUCGGAUGAGCGAUGAGAACCAGGACGUGGCCCAGGCUGCCGGGAGAGCCGUUGUACAAACGGCCAAUCUCCUGUCCUGGAACGACCUCCGGGAGCUGGCUGAGAAACAGGAGACGUGGAGGAUCGCGGAGUGCUUGCUGCAGCGGGACCAGAGCAGGGCAGAGGAAUACCUGCAGCAGAGCCAGCCCUACCUGCAGGACCCUCAGGGGGCCUUGCGAGAGGAGGCCGUGAGGUUCAUUGGGCUUGCUGCGCGCUACUCAAGGGACCAGAGCGAGGAGAAGCUAGAGGACAUCAUCAGGGCCCUCAUGCCUUUGGCCAGUGACGCGGAGAGCUCAGUCCAAUGCUUGGCAGCUCAGACCACACUGAUCCUCAGGACAGCCUCGAGGACAGCGACGUCACGACGGAGCCUGCGAGCGCUGUGCUGUCUGUUCUGUUGAGCUGCAGCACUCCUCUGACAGCUCUGUCCCUCAGAGGAGCACAGCAACCCCAGUGCCCUGCUGCCCUUCACACUGGGACAUCCCUGCGCGUGCUCAGCAGGCACCGCCAUUCCUGGCCUCUGUUCCUGGCUGCAGGACAGCACAGCACAUUCUUUUUGUAUAUGCAUGUGUUUAAUAAAAUCUUUUUAAAUAUUCA